AUGAAGAAACUGAGUCAGAAAAAACCACAGCUAUUGAUCGAUUUGAAAGACCCAUUCAUGGAUUUUACAAGAGCUGUAGGUUUGAACCAAAAGUCUGAGAGGAGUGAUUUAAAAGAUAGAUUUUCAACCGAUUAUAUUGAUAUUGGAGAUUUGAGAAUGAAAAAGAAAAAUCGUAAUUUGAAAGCCAAACGAAGAAAUACAAACAUAAUAUACAGAGCUUCAGAUUCCUCCGACACCGACUCUGAUGAAUCGAUCGAGAUACAGAAGCAAAGUUAUUAUAAAAAACCUAAAAGGUUUCAAGUGAUAGAAAACAUUUUAUCUAAAGAAAAAGAGAGUGAUGACGAUAGUGAUGAUUCUUCAGUUGAAUACAAAAAACCUUAUAAAAAGCCAAACGCAAAAACAUAUAAAAAGCCUUACGUAAUGCCACAUAAAAAUCAGUAUAAAGAACCGAAAAGACCUAAUGUAGAGCCGCACAAAAAUCCGGAAGAUAGUGAUGACUCAUCCGAUGACGAAUAUGAAAAACCGUACAAAACACCGAGGAAAAAACCGAUAAAUACAAAUCCGUACAAAAAACCGGCAAAUAAAAAACCGGUAAAGAAAGAAUAUUACCUCCAAGGCACCAGGUUAGUGAGUCCCAGCUCUGAAGAAGAUGCUAGAAGAAGAAUACAGCACUUCUUACCCAAAAGGUUCCAUUGGGAACCAGAAGACAUCCAAAACUUGGGGUACUAUUGGUUCAACGGACCUCAAGGUCGAUACCCAUAUUUUGCUAUUCGACCGUAA